AUGUCUACCGGACUGCCCUACCUGCACAAGCUGCGCAAGGCGCAGCUGUCCCAACUUGCUGAUAUUACCGACCUCCAGGACUAUGAGGACGACACCAAGCCUGAACUUGCUGCCCGACUGGAUGAGCACCUUCAAAACAACAGCUCUAUAUUCGGCGACGACGAGCGACUAGCAGACUAUUACCGUCGCUCAUCGCAAUCGCAACCGUCUAGCGGGUCGCCUUCAAAGAGGACCAGCAGGACGAGCAGAGCCAGCCGAGCCAGCAGUCUAGCCGACAAUACGCCCAUCAAAGCGGAAACCAUCAGCUCAGGCGCUGCUUCGGUCACCCGUUCGGCUCGCCGACGGCCACCAAGGACCAAGGUGGAAGCUAGUCCUUCGGAGGUGUCCGUCACUUCGCCUACACAGGCCCUUGAUGAUGUAGCUCCUCGAGACUUGGCGGCUGAGACUCCGGCGCGCCCGUAUGCGGACAUCAUCUCCGAAGACCGCGCUGAGCACACCCCUCGAGGCCCGCUCGUAGAGGUUGUCGCUCAGAGUGCACGAUUGCCACCAUCGCCUGCCGUCGUCACUGAAGCAAUUGAGCGUCAAACGACCGAAUUGCGUAAGAGCAUCGGCGAUGCCUGGGAGAAGUCCGGCGUACAGGAAGGCUCAGAUGCGCUGCGCUCAGCUCUCAGCAGCGUGAAGGCCGUCGAGGUCAUCGUCACUCUUCUCGAAGCAUUCAGCGUCAUCAACCAAGUCGUACCGUGGGGCUACGCCACUACAAUCCCUGCCAUCGAUGCCAUUUACACCCCCGCAAUCCCGAUCAAGGUUCCCGAUGUCUUCAUCCUCGUCGACGGCUUAUUCUGGGCACCCGUCUCGCUCUGGCUUCUGACUAGCGUUCUGCUGCCUCUGACGGCUGCCUAUUUCUUCAACAUUAGCCUCCAGGUAGCUCAAUCCAACAGCACCGGAAUCCAGACCCGCCGCAGCAGCAGUCUUAGCCGCUCCACCCAGACAACCUUUGACCCGCUCAGCUUCAACAUCGCCAAGGCGAUCAUCUCGUAUCUUGUUUACGCGCACGGAUUCAAUUUCUGGAACCUAUAUUCUGGUUACGCGCUUCAGACAGUCAACGCGUCCAUUCCCUUCCAGUAUGCGGGUAUCUUGACCGGCUCCGGUAUUGGCGUUGUGGGAACGCUGUAUGAAGCUAUUCUGAGGAAGUAA